GAGUAAUAAACAUUUCCUUUUAUUUACGUUAGUAAAUAUGAGUUUUGUUUUCAAAUUACUUUAGGGCAAGGAUCACGUUGAUGUAAUAUUAGUACGUUUCUAUGCCUAUCAAAUGCCUGUAUUAAUUAGCUAACACAAAUAUAUCUAUAUAUCAAAAUAGAAACAUCGGAUUCUGUUACAAAAUUUUCUUCUGAUCAAUACUAUCAGGUAACAAAUGCCACAAUUUUCUUCUCAAAAUAUAGCUCCAUUAAAUCUUAGAUUCUCAUAAUAUAAAUUACAUAUUGAACUUUUUUUUAAGGACAAAGUAGUCGUAUAUAUCUUUUAUUAAAAAAUUUACAAGGGAAUAAAGUGUAGGAGGAUGGGGGGAGAAGCAUGGCCACUUUCCCCCGUGAAACAUAUUAACGCGGUAGCGUGCGUCGUUUUAUUAGCUCCGGUCCAUACUUGGCGGAAAGAGCGAGGGUGCAGCAUGGAACUCAGGAUAAUACUCUCUAAUUGCUUUCGUGAUCCCGGUCGCCUUCAUUGAUAUGUUUCAACCCCCUUAAAACGAGCCGUGUGUCCAGUCACGCGUGGGGUAGCGUACCGUUCUGUAAGUGCGUCCCGCGCUCCCUUCUCUCACCCCUCUUUCUAGGCUGAUUUCUUCCCCUUGAUACAUUGUGUUUGGUACCUGCCGCCCCAACAGGUACACGGCGUCGAUACACCAUGAUACACACGCGUAAUAAUGGCAGUGACGUGUAUCGUUCGUAUCGCGAGCCUGCCGGGGCUUCCCUUUGAUCUGUGGAUUAUUGAAUGCGCCACACCUGCGAGGAACUGCGUUAUUACGAUCUUGCUGCGAUAUAGGUUAGGACGGCAGCCGGAGAACUGGUGGGGUUUUAUCCUCGUUUGAUAUUCCUCCAACAACGCGCGACUUGUUUCUGAAAAGGUUCACGAUAUUCGUCUCUCCAACAGCGGAGAGGUAGUAGCAGUGGUGGCGACGACUCAGUGGGUGCAGAGAGAGGCGAAGGAGUGAUUGCCAUGACUACGACAGGAGCCCAGUAUGCCCUCGCAGCAGCAUCCACCGGGGCUAAUAACAGUGGGGGUAACUCCACGGCGGUAGGGGUGGAAUCUAAGCAAAAUGUGGUUGUCGUGACUACUACUUCCAGUUCCAGUGGUGGUGGCAGUGGAGCACAGACUCAGUCUGCCAGAGGCCAGCAACUUAUCACUGUCGUGACAAAUCCUGAUCCUUCCAGUCCAAAUAAUCUACAACCCAUUCAGUUAUUGGUUCAGGAUCCGCUUGAAACAGCUGCAGAUUCGUCCAACGGCUCAACAGGUACCCCAGCGCAUGUUACAGCACAAGUGGUAGUCAAUACUACUCACUCAGGCCAGCACGCAUUAGUGGAUUCUGACGCCGCUUCUACAUCAGCUGGCACUAUCGUUAGUGGUUCCCCGCACUAUAUAACAGUUACAGGCACCAGUGACUCACCAUCCUACGCGUCCCUUACAACGGCUGUAGUGUCCGGCGACGCAGAGGCAGUGGGGUCCGAGUCAGUUUCCCAUCCAACUUAUGUUCAAUAUGUUGAGGGGGAUGGUUCCACGUAUAUACCGGCGAAUGGCCAGAUGACAUAUCCUGUUUAUGCUGUCGGUGAGGCGGGAGCAAUGUACACUCCAGCUUCGGGUCAGUACUACACUCCAGCAACAACACCAGUAACGUAUGCGCAGGUCACGGGGCAAGGCACGAACUCAACAACCGGACAACUAUUAUCACAGGGCAACGGCACGUACUUGAUUCAACAGAGUGUAGUAGAUGGAGACCCGACCACUCACGCGCUCAUAUCCGCGGCUGCUGCGCGUGCCAGUCCGCAAACAGAAACAGCGGAGGCUGUGGUUAGCGGUGGUGGCGGGACAUACUUGAUCAGCGGUAAUUCUGGAAGUACCACUGUCACCGUGGAAGAGACAGCGGCAAAUGUGACGCAUGCCACUAGAGUCUCCCAGGCCACUGUACACUGGUUAUUGGAGAAUUACGAAAACGCUGAUGGCGUGUCUCUGCCAAGAUCGACUCUCUAUAAUCACUACUUACGUCAUUGUUCCGAAAACAAGUUGGAUCCUGUGAAUGCGGCUAGUUUCGGGAAAUUAAUACGCUCUGUAUUCUUAGGAUUGAGAACUAGACGUUUAGGGACUAGAGGAAACUCGAAAUAUCAUUAUUACGGAAUUCGUGUAAAACCAAGCUCACCUUUAGCCAUGCUGAAUGAAGAUGGCACAUCGAGACAACAGCAGAGCGCAAACUCUCAGGCCAAACGGUUCAAGUUUGUCAAUCAAAAACAGGAAUCAUCUUAUGAAAAUAACGCCCAUACGAACACGAAUAUCUCUAGUAAUUCCUCACCGCCGCAAUAUCAUCAGUAUUUCGGUGAAGCAACCAGUGCCAUUCCUGAUUUCCCGGAGAUUUUCAUUAGUCACGAUUCAUCCCUGCCUGAAGAUUGUACCCUUGAAGAUAUUGAUACGUUCCGUAGUAUAUACAGGGAACAUUGCGAAGCUUUCUUGGAUGCGAUAUUGAAUUUGGAAUUUGCCACAGUGGAGAGCCUCUGGAGAGAAUUCUGGCGCAGCCAGGACAAUAAUAACGGUGAUGAGUGUGAAGAAGAGAAAUAUUUAUCAAAAACCAAAUUAUAUCAGAUGUGUCAGUGUACGGGAGUGCAAGACUUCAUCAAAAAAGUGGAUUACACAUUUUAUCAGAAUCUAGUCGAUGUUUUAAUGCCUAAUGUAUUGCGACCGAUACCAAGUCCGUUGACACAGUCUAUUCGAAAUUUUGCGAAAGGAUUGGAAUCUUGGUUACAGUCAGCAAUGGCCGACUGUCCUGAGGAAAUGACGCAGAUUAAGUUAACUGCAGUGUCAGCUUUUGCUCAAACUUUAAGGCGCUAUACUUCGUUAAAUCAUCUUGCACAGGCUGCGCGAGCAGUGCUUCAAAAUUCUAGUCAAAUUAAUCAAAUGUUAGCUGAUUUAAAUCGUGUUGAUUUUCAUAACGUGCAAGAACAAGCAUCUUGGGUAUGCCAAUGUGAUUACGGAAUGGUACAACGUUUGGAAGCAGACUUUAAAGUAACGUUACAACAACAAAAUUCACUGGAAGAUUGGGCGAUCUGGUUAAAAGGAGUUGUGACUCAAGUGCUUAAACCAUUUGAAGAGAAGCCAACAUUUGCUAAAGCUGCACGUCAAUUCCUACUCAAGUGGUCAUUUUACAGCUCGAUGGUUAUUCGGGAUCUCACUUUGAGGAGCGCGGCAAGCUUCGGAUCUUUUCAUCUUAUCAGAUUACUUUAUGACGAAUACAUGUUUUAUUUAAUAGAACAUCAGGUUGCUCUCGCAACUGGGACUACACCAAUAGCUGUAAUGGGAGAUAAAAGUCAAAAUUGUUCUUUACUUACUGGUUUCGGAACAACAUCCAAUGGAGAUGCAUCUAAUGCAAGUCAACCAAAACGUAUGAAGUUAAGCUAACUGUGUGCCUACGUUCUUUAGUUUAUGAGUUAAAGUGGUAGCACACGAAAAUGGGAUAGCACGAAAGCAUGCAGGCCUACUACAAGAAAAAAAAAACUAAAAACACUAGUCUCGUAAAUUAUUAUUUUGUAUAACAUCAAAUUACAAUUAUGACAUAUAAGAAGAUUUUUGCAUACCGCCUACAAUGUAUACAAUUCAAGUAAGUCUGUGUGAUAUAAGAUAGAGAGAUAUUGUACUCCGCGAAGCCUUGUCUCAUAUACAGGUAUGACGGUUUAAGGUAUCGCUGGCACGAUUUUAGUAUAUUAGUAUAAAUUGAAUCUAGUCGAAACAUCUUUGGGAAAAAAA